CCAAUCACAAACUUCAGGGCAGGCGGAAGGACUUCACUGCUGUUCGUUCUUCGGUCGACGUCCCUCCAUGAAAGACGUCCAUUCAUUUCUUUAUAAGUUAAGCGUUAAAUUCAACGUUUUUGCUGUUUCUUGUCGACUACCUCGCAAUGAUUGAACCUAUGAAGAGACCGGCGGACAUGGCGGUGGUUCCCACGGCCGUGAAGCGGCCCCGGACGGAGCUGGUGGCGGCGGCUCAGUCCCAACAACUCGUGGCCAUGGGUCCCCCAAGGAGCUCCAGCCUGCAGGCUCCCAUCAUGCUGAUGUCUGGCCACGAGGGCGAAGUCUACUGCUGCAAGUUCCAUCCCAACGGAGCCACGCUGGCCUCCUCAGGAUUUGACAGGCUUAUAUUGAUGUGGAAUGUGUAUGGAGAUUGUGACAAUUACGCCACUCUGAAGGGCCACAGUGGAGCAGUGAUGGAUCUGCACUACAACACAGAUGGCAGCCUGCUGUUUUCAGCGAGCACAGACAAGACUGUGGGUGUAUGGGACAGUGAGACAGGUGAGAGGAUCAAGCGUCUGAAGGGCCACACCUCCUUCGUCAACACCUGCUACCCGGCUCGCCGAGGGCCCCAGCUCGUCUGCACCGGCAGCGAUGACGGGACAGUGAAGCUGUGGGAUAUUCGUAAGAAAGGGGCGAUCCACACUUUCCAGAACACCUACCAGGUGCUGGCCGUGACAUUCAACGACACCAGUGAUCAGAUCCUGUCAGGAGGCAUUGACAAUGACAUCAAGGUGUGGGACCUGAGGCAGAACAAGCUGAUCUACAAUAUGCACGGACACGGUGACUCAGUAACCGGACUCAGCCUGAGCUCCGAGGGGUCAUACCUUCUCUCAAACUCCAUGGACAACACAGUGCGUAUUUGGGAUGUCCGACCUUUUGCACCCAAGGAGAGGUGUGUGAAGAUUUUCCAGGGCAACGUUCACAACUUUGAGAAGAAUCUACUGAGGUGCUCCUGGUCGACUGAUGGCAGUAAGAUAGCUGCUGGCUCCGCUGACAGAUUUGUGUAUAUCUGGGACACCACAUCACGUAGAAUCCUCUACAAGCUUCCGGGCCACGCCGGCUCAGUCAACGACGUGGCCUUUCACCCAGAGGAGCCCAUAGUGCUGUCUGGCUCCAGUGAUAAGCGGCUCUACAUGGGAGAAAUUCAGUAGGGUGUGUGUGAGCAUAUGUGAGUGUGUGUGUGUGUGCGUGCGUGCGUGUGUGUGUGUGUGUGUGUGUGUGUGUCCUGCAAGCGAGUGUCCUGCCUAGAAGUGGAUGGGUGGUGUUCGACAGCGGGUUAGGACUCUGUAAUUUCAUGUGCUUCAGCUCGUCAUAGAACAACCUCAGGACGUGUGUUUGAAGUUAUCAUCAGUCACAACAAACCUCCACAAUGACUUGUUUUGUAUUCUCAUUCGUUUCCUUUUUAAUAAACUUGAGUAUUCUUUAAA